UCAAAGUAUGCUUCAAUCAGUUAGUCUUACAUUGUGAAGCUAGACAAACCAAACUAACCUACAAAAUGCAAAAACUUCUAGUCCUUUUUGCUGCGAAUUUGGCUUUGGCCUUAGCUUUCGUGUCCCCUGUGGAUAACAAUGGUCCUGGAAGACAAAUACCGAUUCCUAAACCCACCGACGAAAAACCUAACAAAUUCGACUGGGACGUCCGAAAACCUGGAAUCCUCGAUCUGAAAACUACGGGGACUUUCUACGACGAUGGGGGUAAACGUCUUGAUGGUUCAGCUAGCUAUUCGAAAAAUUUUGUUGACCAUUCCCAGAAAAUCGGUGCUGGUUUAAAUUACCACGAUUACAAUUCAAGACUGGGUGCUGGGUUAAAUGUACAAGAUUUAGAUAGGGCAGGAACAAGAGUUCAAGCAGAAUUAACGAAGACACUUCUGAAAGAUCGAUUCAGUAAUAUCGAAGGUGGACUGCGAUAUGGACAAACCUUCAACACCCCAUACGGAAACAGCGAACCGUUCUUCGGGGGCUUUGUCAGAGGAAGAUUUUAAUUUUCGACAAGCUUGAGGUUGAAAAGGCUGCAGAAUGUUAUUAUUAAAUUUUUGUUAUUUAUUUAUUUAUAUUUGUUAUUAAGUUGGUUUAUUUUUGAGGCGACAAUUUUAAAAACAUUUUAACGAAACUGUUCAAUAAAGUAAUUAAUUAUAAACAGUA